UAUAGUGGUAGCGAUGGCAAGAUGCGGGCGUGGGGUUGGCACUGGCACCGCUACAUUUGGCCCCGUGCGUCUAUAGCGUCCAGAGUGCCAGUGGCGGAGUGACUUCCUCGACUCCCACACGCUGACGGAGCUCCUCUGCGGGGGGAGUGGUCGAGGAUUUGAACUCACUUGAAAGGAGAUACGCAUAGAAAAAAAAAAUAUGAACGAGAGUGAAACGACAAAGGAGAGAGUGACGACCGAGGCCUCUCGAGGAAAGGCGAGUGAGGAGGGUGUGAUGUCAGGCGAGAGCACAGUGCCUCACCAUGAGAAGGACAACGCAGCGGCGCAUCUACACGACCAGAUUCUCCCGACGGACCCCAGUACAAAGACCGGGAGGAUAAGCCAGCAGGGACGGGGAGGUCAGCCCGCGAGUGAGGACAGAACAGGUCAACCCACGACGAUAGAUAAUGGCGUCAGACGAACUGGGUCACCGGACUCUUCCAGGAUUCCCACCGGUGUCGCCAACAUGGAGAACGAGACACCGGUGGCCGUGAACAUCAGGCCCCGGUACUCGAAAUUCUUGGAGACGACCGGGAAGAAGGUGCUUGUACGAAACUGUAGCAUGGAGGAAGUGGUACAAAAGAUCCAAGAAGGAUGUCCACUGUGGAAAGUCCGCGGCGUAAAUAAGUGGUUCCAGCGGCACUACAAGGUGGACAUCGAUAACAUGUGCCUUGUGGGAGAGUCCAAGAAGUGGUGGUCUCCAGGUGGUGGUGUUGGCAGCGAAGGAGCAGAAAAUGCAGUGCCACUUGUAGAAAUCACGGAAAUUAGAGAAGGAUGGAAAACAGACACCUUCAAUAAAGUAAGCUCUCACACAGAGAAGCUGAAGGAGAAGGGUGGAGGUGCAGGUGAUGAGCCUGUCCUGGAAGAGAACAAGUGCUUCUCCAUUAUUCAUGGCCAGGGAGGCAGAGACGUGUUGGACUUAGUUGCAUCAACAGAAGAAGAGAGGGAUGCCUGGGUGACUGGGCUGUCACACCUCGUUCAGUCAGUCAAAGCGUUACACGAAGAGAAGCAGUAUGAUGUAUGGCUAAGGAAGCAGUUCGAGGAGGCUGAUAAAGACAAUAAUGGAUCACUUAAUUUUAGUGAAUGUUGUGCUCUCUUGAAGCAGCUAAAUAUUAAAAUGGACAAGAUUCAUGCCAAGAAACUUUUCAAUCAAGCAAACACAAGCAAGCAGAAGAGAGAUGGAGAGCAGGUAUUAGAGGUUGAGGAAUUUGUGGCCUUUUAUCAUGCUCUACUGAAAAUGCCAGAGGUUGAAAAACUAUACAAGAAGUAUUGUAGUGAGAAGACAGGGUUAAUGAGUGCAGACCAACUAUGUGCCUUCCUUCACAAAGAGCAGGGUCUUACAGACUAUGAUCAUAGUCAGGCUACCAAGCUUAUGAAUGAAUUUGAAAUUAGUAACCUUAAGGACCAAGGCUACAUGACUCAGGAUGGUUUCUAUCACUUACUGCUUUCGGACAUGUUUGAUGUGUUCAACUGCAACCACCAGAAUGAAAUUCAUCAAGACAUGAAUCAGCCAUUGUCACAUUAUUUCAUUGACUCAUCACACAACACGUACCUGACAGGGCAUCAGCUGGCUGGAGAAAGCAGUGUUGAAGGGUACAUUAGUGCAUUGAAACGAGGCUGUAGGCUGCUUGAGUUGGACCUCUGGGAUGGAGAUGAUGGAGAACCAAUUAUCUACCAUGGCCACACUCUAACUUCAAAGAUCACCUUGGCCGAUGUUCUCAGAGACGGCAUUAAAUUGUAUGCAUUUGAGGCAUCACCCUACCCCGUCAUUCUCUCAAUAGAGAACCAUCUCAGUCUGGAUCAGCAAAGGACAAUGGUGAAGCUUAUGAAGGAUAUUCUGGGAGAUAUGCUGGCAACGGAUCCAGUCCCAGACGACAUUACUGUUAUACCCUCACCGGAAGCUCUCAAGAACAAAAUUAUUGUCCGUGCCAAGAAACCAAAAGGCUCAGAAGUGGAGGAUGAUGAUGAAGAUGAUGAUGACCAGGACAGCAUUGACUACAUAGACAGUGAUGAUGGGGCAGCACAGUCAAAGAAGGAUUUCUUCACUCCUCACCUUUUGACUCUCUACCGCUCUUUCAAGAGCUCUAAGAAGCGAAAACAAAGUUCCACAAAGAAGCGCAGGAUGUCUCAGCCACAGAAACCUCACAAACCCUUAGCCCCAGAGUUACGACAGAUAGUCAAUGUGCUGGAAGGAAAGAAAUUCCUUAAUUUCCAGGAUGCCUUUGAGACUUAUAAGUGUGUGAAUACCCCUUCCAUUGGAGAGACCAAAGCUAAGGGACUAUUUGAGAGCUAUCCCGAUGACUUCCUGAAGUUCACCGAAGGUCAUGUAACAAAGGUAUAUCCUCUGGGGACACGCACAGACUCUUCUAACUUGAAGCCAUAUCCUUUCUGGAGUGUUGGAUGCCAGAUUG